GUUUAUUUAUAACAGCGGUCCAAAGCGCGCACCGGUCGGCGGAGGCGAAGAGAGGGCAGAAGGCGGCAGAAAGACAAACAAAGCUCAAUUAAACGAUUGUCGGGAAAACCUGCACACGAAAUACAGCCAGGAUGUCAGAGGAAAAGCCAAAGGAGGGAGUAAAGACUGAGAACGAUCACAUCAACCUCAAGGUUGCAGGGCAAGAUGGGUCGGUGGUCCAGUUCAAAAUCAAAAGACACACACCCCUCAGCAAACUAAUGAAGGCGUACUGUGAACGACAGGGCCUCGCAAUAAGGCAGAUCAGGUUCAGGUUUGAUGGCCAACCUAUCAAUGAGACGGAUACACCUGCACAGCUGGAGAUGGAAGAUGAAGACACCAUAGAUGUUUUCCAGCAGCAGACAGGCGGACGCUGUUAAGCCUUCCCCACCUCAUUGACAGCCACCCUCAGACUGCGCCCACAGCCACCUUCACUAUCCCUCCUCAUCGCUCCUUUCACCCUCUUAUUAUUAUUAUUAUUAUUAUUGUUAUUAUUAUUAUUAUUAUUAUUAUUUCCUAAGUUUAAAGUUGUCUAUCACAGUUUUUCGUCAGGUGUGUGUGGGGGGAGCUUCUCAGCUGUUUAUGUACUGUCUCAGCCAGGACUGAACUUUUGUGCGUGUCAACAGUCUCUCUGCUGGCCAGUUAGGACAACAUUUCCUUCCGGCACCAUAGGCUGUGAUUGGACCAACAGCACGUCACAGCUGUUCCUGGUUUGUCAGUGCUUCUCAUCCACUCUCCAGUGAAAGCUUGUUAUCCAGUAGUUUGUCACGGUUUUCAUUCAGCAGGGUCGAAUGGGAGGCUCAGCAAGAUUUUGUCCAAUGGUCAGUCAGUGAGCAAUGAAAAUGUUUUGAAGUGGAAGCACUAUCUGAACUUAAUACACACCCGCCUUCCAUUUCACUUCGCUUCGUUUUUGUUUUUUUUUGUCUGAAUGGUGACUCCUGCUCUUCUGUCAAAAAGGUAUUUUAAUUCUCUUUGCAUUUUAGAUGCUUUUGCUAAAGAGGUCUACAAUGUGUUUUGUAUAUUUGAUUUUUCUUUUAACAAUUAACACCAGGGGGCUUGUUGAUUUUUUUUUUUUUGUUUGUUUGUUUGUUUUUCUUGUAUAGAAGUAUCAGAGUGGAUGUUACAUAAAUGUUGUGGGGCCUGGACCAAUACUCCAAAGACCGAACUUCUGUUUCAUAUUUGAUGUACUUGGAUGUACAGGAAACUGCAAGGUCAAAACUGUCACAUUUUAAGGGAGUUUGUGUUUCAGUAAUGUUAUUUGCAUCCUCUUCUAAAUGAGAGAGCUUCUUUGUUGUUAUCCGGUACAGACUGUUGUCAUUCAUCCAGCCAAAUGCAUGUUUAGAGGUGAGAAAUGUAAUUCAACCUUUGACAGAACUGGCUGUGUAAGGAUAGUCUCUUGGCAUGAAACACAUAACUUUCUGUUUCAUUUCCCUGUUUUUUGAGUAAGCGGGCAGGUGGCCAGUCUCUAUUGUAUUUUCGAGUGGCCACGCUUGUGGAUUUUACAUUUUUGGGGGUGGGGUUAAAGUAGAGGUUGUGCUGUGGGUGGGUGUAAGUGGAAGCUUGUACCUCAAUGCUGUUUUAGGGUCAGCUGUCUCAUCUCUGUAUCGUGCUUGUGAAUGUAGGCUGAGACUACUGAUUCUAGAUUUGUUUUGAAGUGGAGCAACUUCCAGUUUGAGCAAGGAUAUCCAACAGAAGUCUGUCUUUUCCUCAACACACUUUGAUGACACUUUUCACUGCUCUGUCAACCGUCAAGCUGUUCCUUGUCUGUGUGUGUGUGUGUGCGAAAAGCAGAAGUUGCAGGCCAUUUGUUCAAAAACCUGACUGCAGUGUUGCCAACAGUGAAGAUAACCCAAGCGGUGAUAGUGAUUAUUUACAGGUUUGGAGAAGGAUGCAUGCGGUUGGUUGCAAAUCUGGAGGGCAGGGAGGUCAACCAAUGGAGUUUGGGAGAUAAGUGUACCCACAGGGCCUCGUUCUUUGUACGUGGAUAACUGAGUUGGCUUGAUUGUUGAUGAACUUGGAUUUUUCUGCUUUGUCAUGAUCAAAGUGUAUCUGUUGUUGAAGAAAGUAAUCCUUGUGCUCAGAACCUGUAACCAGUAAUGCAAACUUAUUCAGAGGAAGUUGGAUCAUGACUCUUUCUUUGUUUAACAAUUUUAUAUUUAUUUUCAGAUAAGGCUACACCUCUCUUUACGGGCAUCUGAUGGUCAGUUUUGUCACAACUGGACAGGUUCCUAGUUAAGUAGUCCAUUCAUACUAAGUACGGCAAAGUACUUUUUCAGACAUUUGCAAUACAGAUUCAGUUGAUGCAUCAUAAGGUUUUAAAAUGAUGCAUUAUGGGCUUUUGUUGUAAUUGGCUUUUCUUUUUUUUUCUCCUUUAAUCUUUAAGGUGUGUUCCCAAACGCAUCAAUGUAGUUUUGCUCAGCCAUAUUAGAAGGGUGCUCUCCUUUUUAAAAGGGUAAUUAAACUGUAGUCUACAUCAAUGUUUUUCAGCUGUAUUUUUGUGUCAUUGUAAUAAAAAAAAAAGAAAACAUGA